UACUGGACUCAGGAGACAUUGAAGAUACGUCAUCUAGAUUGACAAUAUAUAAUGUACAAGACACAGACCAAGGUACAUAUUGGUGUAAUGCCAGCAGUGGCUUUUACCGGCAGGAUGCUGGAGCUCAACUAGAUGUUUUUGGACAAGCAACUCCUCCUGAACUUGCGAUUAUUACAAGAAACAAACCACCAGAUGUAGAGGGUAAUAAUGUGGUAGCAUAUUUGGGUUACGAUCGUAUCCUCAGAGUGCCAUUUGGUGGAAAAUUAUGGGUUGAUUGUCCAGCAGUUGGUUUUAGUUCAAGACAGUGGUUCAGACCUGAUGGAAGGGUACUCAAGCGUUCAGGCCUUAGACAGAGCCUAGCGAAUGGAACACUCUAUUUCAGUAGACUGGCAACUGUGCAUCCUGGUAGAUACACGUGUCAAAUUCAGAAUAGUAGUGCCACAGUGAAGGAAACAAUUAUCAUCCAGUUUAAUGAAAUACCCAAGACUGAUGUUGAAGAUUCGGCAGGAGUAAGAGGACCCGUGCUUGAUGAAGAUCGCACCUUCUUAGCUGGUCAAAGAGCAGAAGUGAGGGAGAAUCGGUCAGUUACUAUCGAGUACAGACUGGCAGGUGACAGUACUUUGGAAGAAGAUGAGUAUGACGUAUCAUGGAAGCUACCAGAUGGAACUUUGCUUAAUCCUGGACAAAACUCUGACAAUGCAUACGUAUCAGCUGCCACACGCUAUCUAACACUCAACUCUAGUCAGACAAGUGAUUCUGGAAUGUACACUCUGAUUCUGUCUAAUAAUGCUGGAUCAUCAAGUGUAACAACAAACUUGCAGGUUUUUGACUUGCCUACAGGUCUAACCACAUUGGCAGAUUUGGUGCAGAUCAAUGGUGAGUCUGUUGGUGUUGAAGAAGAUGGGAAUAUUCAUGCUCAUAGUGGGGACACUUUGCAACUGCAGUAUGCAGCAAUGGCUACUCCUGCAGCAGAUAUCAAAUGGCAACGAGGAUCAACAGAUCUAACUUCCGGUGGUGAUAUAACUAUUCAGACACAGGAAUCAUUUGGACAAUCUGUCAGUAUUUUGACAGUUAAUAACUUGGGGGUCACUGCAUCAGGUGAAUACAAGGCUAUAGCUGACAAUCGUGCUGGAAUUGCUGAAUCAUCUGUUGGCGUCACUGUUCUUGCUGCUGGUAGUGCUGAAAUUAUUAGAGCGGAGGCGGACUCAAAACCUACAGUUUCACAACAGUCAGUCGUAGCUACAAUUGGUCAAACUGAUGUUCUUGUCAUUAAUGGACAGCAAGUGGAGAUUGAGUGUCCAGCCAAUGGUGACCCAAGUCCAGACAUAUCAUGGCAGAAGGAUGGUUCUGAUUUAGCUAUUGGAGGAAGAACACAAGUGAACUCGGAAGGUACACUCCAGCUAAGGAAAUUCUCAGCAAGCAGAGAUGCAGGUACCUAUACCUGCACUGCCAGUAACAGUUUCAGCUCAGAUGAGGAGAGUAUUGAAGUUCUACAAGCCAUUCGUCCUAGAAUCAUUACUAGGCCAGAGCCACCUGCUCGUUCAAUUCCUUUACCAGACAUGGAUGUCACAGGCUACGCUGGUCAUACUGUUAAGAUUGUUGAAGGUCGUAGAUUAACAUUGGAUGUAGAGGCAACUGGACGACCCACUCCCAAAUUAGAAUGGCGUCUUCCAAAUGGUCGCAGGCUUGGCACUGGUCAAAGUGGAGGGAGAGUUUCAGUUUUAGCUAACCACAGUCUAGUUGUGUCGAAUGUUAGAGUGAAAGACAGUGGAAAGUACAGACCAAUAGCAAGCAACCCAGCAGGCCUGUCAAAAGUGAAAACUACAGUGACUGUUGUAGGUGGGGACUAGCACUUCAAUACCAGUCUUGCAUGCUUGUG